GUUCAAGACCAGUUUGAACUACAUAGAAAAACCUUGUCUUUUAAAAAAAAAGAUUAGGCUUUACUCUUGCCUGAUGUUUCUAAAAGUUGAUUCUGUAAUUUAUGCUACCAGUAAGAUGAAUAAAAAUACAGAUUUAAAAAUGCUUUUAUAAAUAUAGAAGUCAUUUAAAAUACUUGCUUUCAAACUUGUUCAAGUGACAGGGCACCUGGUGGUAUCCUUGCACGUUUAAUUCAUUCUAGUAAAAGAAGCAAAAACAAUUUUGCAAACAGAAAACAUGUCAACAAUCCAUAGGUUUUUCAGUUUCAACAUAAAAUAAUGUACUAUGCACCUGAAAGAAAUUAAAUAUUAUCAAGAUAAAGUCAAAUAACAUUGUUUACAUGUCAACUUUAGUGAGAAGCAUAACUAGGCAAAACAGAACAGUAGGUUGUUUGAUAACUAAUGUAUUUUUUUUUCUUUUUUAGGAGUUUGAGGUUACCAGUAGUCAAAAGUUUUAUAGCAAGGGAGAAAAACAUUGGAAAUAUUUGAUUUUUUCUGUGAUUUAGGAGAAGAUGAUAUUCCUUUUUAGUUAUAGAAGUGUAUUGUCUGGUCUGACAUAUUAAGGUCUCCUAAAGUUUUCACCUCUUGUACUUUCCUUUCACCAAAGUUCUAUAGACGUAUAUUGCUCAUCUGAUGUUCUAAUCAGGAUAAUUGUUACUUGUUACAUUUCUAGCCAGAUAACAAGAGAUUUGAGUUGGUUUUGGAUCUCUGCUGGUGGGUAAAUAUGAUCUUAGUGAUUGCAUCAAGAAGUUGGAAGCCAUGGGUGGUGCUGCACACCUGUAAUCCCAGCACUCCAAAAGCUGAGGCAGAAGGAUUGCUGGGAGUUUGAGGCCAACCUGCGCUGCAAAGUGUGGUCAUUAAAGUAACACAUACUUUGGCUGGAGCUUUGAUCAAGCAAAUGCUAAGAAGCCACAUAAAGAAGAUCCCUAACAACCGUUUCUCAACAAUUAUAUAGCUAACUGAUGUAACAAUGGUACUAAUAUUGGGACGCAGACUAAACAGAGAGGAUCUUGGGAUGCGCGAUUCCCCAGCAACUAAGCGUAAAGUUUUUGAAAUGGACCCUAAAUCUCUGACAGGCCGUGAGUUUUUUGAUUUCUCUUCAGGAUCAUCCCAUGCUGAAAACAUACUUCAGAUAUUUAAUGAAUUCCGAGACAGCCGCUUAUUCACAGAUGUUAUCAUUUGUGUGGAAGGAAAAGAGUUUCCAUGCCACCGAGCUGUUCUUUCAGCCUGCAGUAGCUACUUCAGAGCUAUGUUUUGUAAUGACCACAGAGAAAGCCGAGAAAUGUUGGUUGAAAUCAAUGGUAUUUUAGCUGAGGCUAUGGAAUGUUUUUUGCAGUAUGUUUAUACUGGAAAGGUGAAGAUCACUACAGAGAAUGUCCAGUAUCUUUUUGAAACCUCCAGCCUCUUUCAGAUUGGUGUUCUCCGGGAUGCGUGUGCCAAGUUUUUGGAGGAGCAACUUGAUCCUUGUAACUGCUUAGGAAUCCAGCGCUUUGCUGACACCCAUUCACUCAAAACGCUCUUCACAAAAUGCAAAACCUUUGCAUUACAGACUUUUGAGGAUGUGUCCCAGCAUGAAGAAUUUCUUGAGCUUGACAAAGAUGAACUCAUUGACUAUAUUUGUAGCGAUGAACUUGUUAUUGGUAAAGAGGAGAUGGUUUUUGAAGCCGUCAUGCGUUGGGUCUAUCGUGCUGUUGAUCUGAGAAGACCACUGUUACACGAGCUCCUGACACAUGUGAGACUCCCCCUGUUGCAUCCUAACUACUUUGUUCAAACAGUUGAGGUGGACCAAUUGAUCCAGAAUUCUCCUGAGUGUUACCAGUUGUUGCAUGAAGCAAGGCGGUACCACAUACUUGGGAAUGAAAUGAUGUCCCCAAGGACUAGGCCACGCAGGUCCACUGGCUAUUCAGAGGUGAUAGUUGUUGUUGGAGGCUGUGAACGAGUUGGAGGAUUUAAUCUUCCAUACACUGAGUGCUAUGAUCCUGUAACAGGAGAGUGGAAGUCUUUGGCUAAGCUUCCAGAAUUCACCAAGUCAGAGUAUGCGGUCUGUGCUCUAAGGAAUGACAUUCUUGUUUCAGGUGGAAGAAUCAAUAGCCGUGAUGUCUGGAUCUAUAACUCACAGUUAAAUUUUUGGAUCAGAGUUGCCUCUCUAAAUAAAGGCAGAUGGCGUCACAAAAUGGCUGUCCUCCUUGGUAAAGUGUAUGUUGUUGGCGGCUACGAUGGUCAAAACAGACUUAGCAGUGUAGAGUGUUACGAUUCCUUCUCAAAUCGGUGGACUGAAGUUGCUCCCCUUAAGGAAGCAGUGAGUUCCCCUGCUGUGACCAGCUGUGUGGGCAAAUUGUUUGUGAUUGGUGGAGGACCUGAUGAUAACACUUGUUCUGAUAAGGUUCAAUCUUAUAAUCCAGAAACCAAUUCUUGGCUCCUUCGUGCAGCUAUUCCAAUUGCCAAGAGGUGUAUAACAGCUGUGUCCUUAAACAAUCUGAUCUAUGUUGCUGGUGGACUGACCAAGGCAAUAUAUUGUUACGAUCCAGUUGAGGACUACUGGAUGCAUGUGCAGAAUACAUUCAGCCGACAGGAGAACUGUGGUAUGUCUGUGUGCAAUGGUAAAAUAUAUAUCCUGGGUGGAAGACGGGAAAAUGGAGAGGCCACAGACACUAUUCUCUGUUACGAUCCUGCGACAAGUAUCAUCACAGGUGUGGCUGCCAUGCCCAGGCCAGUGUCCUACCAUGGCUGCGUGACCAUUCACAGAUACAGUGAGAAGUGCUUUAAGCUCUAACGCCAGGCUGCCGCACCCAAGGAGCCGCAGCAAGCCAAGAAGAAAGGUUUUGAAACUCCAGAGUGGGAACUUACCUCCUUCAUGCCCUAUGCAAAAAUAGUAAAAAUAAUGAUCCCGGUGCCUUUCUCCCAGAAAUGUCAAUCUUGUAAACUGUAAUAAAGCUUUUCCUAUAAUUGAAAAAAAUGUUUCUCAUUAAGGGUAAUAGCAGUUGUUGCUUGGCUUUUGGGUGUGUACCCUUGUAAAUAUUUGUAGGAAAUAAUGUCUUUGUAUUGAUUAGGAACCUGUGAAAGGGCUCUUCACACUUUGUGUCUUUAACUACGAGACUGUAUAUUCCUUAUUUUAUCAUAGGUAGAGAAAAUUGCAUGACAGAGGCUUCAUUUAGGUUGACUCACCCAAUGCUAAGAACAUUUACAUUGCAUUCUGAGAGGGAAAAAAUCAGUUUUAAAAAUCUUUGUUACUGACAUACAGUAGCCAUAUUGGUUAAUUUUAUUGAAAGUUUUUUUUCCUAUAAUUGAUAAAAAUGUAAAUGAUGACAAUUUGAGUACCAUAAAAAUACUGAAUUAUUGUGACUUCAUUCUUAUAUUUGCAGUCUUACACAGAACACAUUUUUGUGGGGAAGUAGGAAAUACAAAAGUAAAUGCCCAUAAAAGAGGGAUUAAAAAUACAGAUUAAUUCCUAAGAAAAAGUAAGUAACUAUUGAAGAAAAAAAGUGUGGCCUGUGGUGACUUCCCAAGUAGCUGUACAUCAAAAGAAGUCCUCGAAGGAAGUUUCGCUCCUUGGACCUGACAGGGGAGUGGAAAUGCCUUCUGCAGCACGAUCUGUAAGAAGCAGUGAUGAGUUUCUCCCCAGCCCAGGAAGGUCUGACCUCGUUAUUACAGUGCUUUGGAUUGUCUUGUGAACAGCUGAGAGUUCCAAGAAUCUCUGUUGUUAGGGUGCCUUUCAUAGGCCAAACCAGGGACCACGUAUGUCAGUGGGUUCAUUUUUCUUCUAUAUUUAACUAUCUGGAAAGAAAGAGCAGUCAUUGCAGUCUUCUAAGAUACAUUUUUCAUUUGAUACCCAUUGUGUAAAAUAUUGAUCAGCAUUUUCAAGUUUCCAUAGGACAAACUGCGUUUGUUUGUUUCUCAGCUCCAGUCUAUAAAGCUUACCAGUUUCCAGAAAAAAAUGUAGAGUUUUUUCUAAGGCAAAUAAAUGGACAUGGAAGGAACUACAGCAUAAGUAACUAUUGUGAGUCCUGGGGGGACAGAUACCAUCUACAACUCUUCAGGCUGUACAAGGAGCCUGCUACAAUCACUUCUCAGUCACUGUCGUCUUUUACAUUAUAAUCGUGUAUUCUUUGUCAUAGUAGGGGCGAGGCAGAUACCUGAUUAUAGUGUCACCAGUGUUCUGUUACAAGCAAGGUAGUAAUCAAGAACCUAACGUUGGUAAACUUUUUUCCCUCAUCUUAGAAAUUUCAGAUCAAGAAAUUUUAAUGCUUAGCUAGAAUCUAAAUUCUGAAGAAAACUCUAAAGACUGUAUCUUUAGGGAAUUUUUUAAGUCAUAAUUUUAAAAUGAUAUGUAACUUUUUGUGAUAACUAUCAAAGCAAUUCAGAAAUAGGUAUCUGUCAUUUUAUUUGAAAGCCAAUUGUUUGUACAACUUGGGACACAUAUUUCUAUAGUAAAUAUCUGUGUUAUACUUUUGUAAAUAACUGAACCUUAGUUCAGAAAUUCUUUACAGUAAAUGAGAUAAUGUAUGAAAAACUGUUUUGUAAAUGCUUAGCAUUAUACAAGUGAUACUUGUUACUUUGAUGUGUAUUUGUAAGGUUAUAUUCAUUCAUAUAUACAGAUACUUCACAUAAAAAGGUUUUAUCAAGAUAAUUUUGUAUCCUAGUAUUUUUGUCUAUUAUAAAAAUGUUAACUGUUGUAUUUUGUUAUACAUUUAUUUUUCAUAUCCAUGUGUUUAUUGUAAAUUUGAAGUGCAACUAAAAAUGAGAAUUUAUUUAAACAUAAACCUCAUACCAAUAUUGUUUAAUUUUUUUCUCUACAUAAAUUAGUUGUAAUUUAUGUUAAAAGCCAUCAAAAAGUCAUCCUUGAAUCCUAGAAAAUUAAUUAUUUUUAAAGUUACCCAACUGAUAUUCUCACUUCAGUUAAAGAUCCUUUACUAAUUCCUGAUAAUUAAUGCCAUUAUCCUUGAUAAAAUGAGACUGAACCUUAGGUUAUAUGAAAAAGGAUAUGCCAAGCAAAUUGGUGUCAGGUUAUAUUACUUCUGUCAUCCCACAGUGGAAAGAUUUUCUUUCGAUAGGUGGUGUUCAUAUGCGCCUCUGGGUUGGUGUACAUGUAUAUAUGUAUGUGUAUAUGUAGAGAUAUAGUAUGGUUGUGUACACACAUACAUACAAACAUCAAGAAUUUUUGUAGUUUGUAAUGAUCAGAAAAAAACACAGUAAAAUUUGGUACUAUUAAAUUCAAUUCCAGAAUUUUUGACUGGGUACUUCUAGAGUACCUUUUAUAUUUGAAAGUACAGAUGAACUGAGUGUGGUGACAUAUGCCAGUAAUCCCAGCACGUGGGAGGCUGAGGCAUAUGAGGAUUGCUACAAGUUUGAGGCCAGCCUGAACUACAUAGCAAGGGCCUGUCUCAACCAAAAAAAAAAAAAUUACAAGAUGAGUGUUAGUAACGAUGACUUCUAUGCUAUCAGAAUGUCCACAACACACCAGUUUUACAAGGUCAGAAAACAAAUGGGCAGUAAAGUUUGCUGACCCAGCUAUGAUGCCUCAGUGGGAAAGGAAUGAGAGUAUGCUUUACAGAUCAAUGGGAAGUACACUGUGUGUCUGUGUUUCAUGAACUUUAAUCCUUUCCCCUGUUCUCCAGUAUGCGUGUGUGACAAAGCAAUCUAACCAUAUGCGUGUGAGUGACAAAGUGAUCUGACUUCCUCCUCUUCUGUGACAUUGCCACUAACUUUACUGCACAGGUAUGACAUGGUAGCCUGUUGGACCUGCAGUAACCAUCUUUUCCUAGCUGACUGAAUUACAGGUAUUUACUCCAUUUAAACCAGGUCAAGUAAAGAUAAUGUAAAUACUCAGGGAGGGUAUUAAUUUGUCACUUUUGUCUACUUGGGGUGUUUAAAGUGCUAACCGUCAGUUGAUUCUAAAGUGAAUUUAAUUUGGCAAAGGGGCUUCGCACAUGGCAGUGGUUGAACAUUCUUUUAUACUUAGAAAGAUGAAAAUGUUUUGUGAACUAAAACAUUUUCUCUUAGUGAAUAUGAAUUGUUUAUCUCUGUCAGAUAACCCUUUUUCAAACUCAGGAAGACAAAGGUUCAGUUACACUACUUUUGUCAAUAAGCAAACCGGGUGUGUUUCUUUUUCCUGUUACCUGGAUAUGGCAAUAGAUUAAAAAAAAAUACUGUGAGAACCUGUAUAUGACAGUGGAGGGGUUGAGUUGUUCAUGUGUGCCUUGUAUGUCUUGACAUUUAUAUGUGGAAGAGACAUCUCCAGACUGUAUUUUCAAAAAGGAGAGCUUGCUAUUUAUAUGGUGCCAAGUGAUACGAUGCUAUCUUCUAAGGCUUCCUAUGGACUGCCUUUAUUUUAGUAAACUCAAGAAAAUAGUUAACCUCAACAUAAUUUUGGCCUUAUUAGAAUUUUUGUGCAUUAUGUUAAAAGCCAGGUUUACUUCACCUCACCCUAUUCUUCUUCUUAGGUAAAUAAAUUCACCAUACCAAGUAACCAGAAUGGAUCAGUUGAGUUAACCUAUAGGCAGUAGAUCUGACUAGCUAGCUACACUUCUUGUCACAUCUAAUGCUAGGCACCAGAAGCCACUUGAGCCAGGGGUGUGAACUGAUAAUUCCAGAGACAUUUGCAACAUCCUUUAGACAUUUUUUAAUGUUUUAUAUGAAUGUUUUACAUUUGUGUGAUUGCCUUAGAUAGUAAAUUGACAUAGUACUAAGGAUGAUCAUAAUAAAUAAUUUUUUAAAAAAACAAGUCAUAACUUAUUUUAUGUAUUAUUCCAAAGAACAGAAUUUCUGUUUCAGUGUUUUCAGAAUAACUGCAUCUGAAUUUAUGUGCCUUAAGUUACCAGUGCUGUUUCAGGUUCUCGAUUUAAAUAGAUCUCACCUUAGAUAAGUUUCAUAUUUGUCUCCUAUAGAGACAAAAAGCUUCCCCUUCCUAAGUGUUUUAAUGAGCACCAACUAACUAUGUGUUUGCUUGGCCAAAUGAGAAUGUUGAGAGAGGCUGUCGGGUGCUUGGAGUUUUAUUUUUCAUUUUUCUGUUUUGAUACCCAGGUGUUCUUUUAAAAUAUUUAGGUAACAUUGACCUUAAAUUGAUUAAGCCCUUGUAAAAGCCAUUUGCAAUAUCUCAUGUAAUGCUGAGAAAGCGUGUCUACUUACUUCUGUUCCAUUCUUACAUGCUACUUCCUUUUUUCCUGUACAGACAUUUUCUUUAACUUUCUUGAGAAGACAUUUAUUAUUCUCCUUCCCAUCAUCCCUCCCUGCAGUCUAUUCAGAUUCUAUUGAGAGCUUCCGGAGCUAUCUAAGACAACAGCUUUAGAGUUGAACAAAAGUAUAAUCUGCUUUACAGCUAGUACAGACUUGUGGCAGCCAAGUGUCCUUUGCUUUCCAUACAAGGCUCCAGAGUCUUCACAGUGAAAAUUGUUUCAUCAUUCUCAGUUCGAGUGUAUGUUUUGUUUUAGUACUUGCAUAGUUUAAAUUUAUGUAAGUUAUUAACUAAUAAAAUGUCUUUUUAACCAUUAUUACUUGACUGUAUGGUUGUAUUAAAUUUUAUUUACCAAAAA